GUGUCAAGAUAACUGAUGAUACCAAGUAUAAAACGAUCUUCCGAAGAUUGCCCCGGAAAGUAUCAAUUCUCACGCGAAGAGAUGAGCGUUAUUGUUCUUUUGAGCGUCGCUUCGGCACUUUUUUCACUUAUCACUGCUUCGCCGAUUGCUGAAAAUGGCUAUAAACGUUUCGAUGGACACAAAGUAUACAGGGUGGUCGCGACGACAGAGGAACAGUUAAAGCGACUGCAGACUAUUGAGACACAGCCCGAUGAAGGUAUCUUGUUUUGGACGCCCGUAAUCGGUCUCAAUACCAAGAUCGAUAUAAUGGUAUCUCCGGAACGGGACACUGAAAUAUUAUCGGUCUUCGAAAGGUCCGGUCUAUCUCAGAAUACUUUGAUCGAGGACGUACAGGUGCUGAUUGAUAAAGAGAAUCACGAAAGUUCAAAUAUUGGAGGGCGUUCAUCACGCGUUAAUGGAAGAAACGGAACCUUGAAUUGGACCGCAUAUCAUCGGCUAGAAGAAAUUUAUGAUUGGCUUGAUAAAUUAGCUGAGACUUAUCCACAAUGGGUGGAAGUAGUCGUAGCCGGGAAAUCAUACGAAGGCCGGUUGAUAAAAGGGAUUAAAAUUACUUUCAAUAAAAAUAAUCCUGGAAUAUUCGUUAAAGGAGGAAUUCAUGCCCGCGAAUGGAUUUCACCAGCCACAGUGACUUACUUGGCAAACGAAAUCUUGACGUCAACAAAUGAGAAGUCAAAAUUAUUUUACCGGACUCAUACCUGGUUCAUAUUUCCAAACUCCAAUCCUGAUGGCUACGAGUUUUCACACACCACGAACCGUCUGUGGCGGAAGACCAGACAGCCACACAGCGGAAUAUGCUACGGCGCCGAUGCUAAUAGAAACUGGGAUUAUCACUGGAUGGAAAACGGUGGGGCGAGCAGCUAUCCCUGCUCGGAGAGCUAUGCUGGUCCCGAACCAUUUUCGGAACCAGAAGCCAAGGCAAUGGCAGAUUACAUCGCCUCCGUCAGUCAGGAAUUUUACAUUUUCUUAAGCAUACACAGCUACAGUCAGCUGAUUCUGUUGCCAUAUGGUUACACCUCCGCUCAUAUACCUAAUUACAAGGAGUCUAUGUGGGCGGCUGAAAAGUCUGCAAACGCUAUCGCCAGACGGUAUGGAACUGAGUACGUUUGGGGAGCGACUGCCGAAACUAUAUAUUAUGCUAGCGGUACCAGUAUAGAUUACGUGCAAGGAGUCCAUAACACCCCGUUCGUCUACUGUUACGAACUAAGAGAUCAGGGAGCCUACGGAUUUUUACUUCCGGCGGAACAGAUAAUUCCAACCGCACUUGAAUUCAUCGAUGGUCUCUUCGCCUUGAUCGGGGCAAUCAGAACUCUUGGCUAUCCGGUGAUUCACACUCGUGCAGAUGAACCUAUUCAAAUCUCCAGCGUGGAGGGUAGCACACCCAGAGGUAGCGGCUUAGGAAAAAGUGAACUCUAUCUGGUCAGUUUUGCCCAUCGAGCAUCUAAUUUUCACUUCAGCCCCGAAGGACCGAUAUUUUUAUUGACCAAUGCUUUCCAUGUUUAUUGCUUCGACAUCUUGCAAGCAUAUUUGUCAUCCUCUCUCCACAAACCUCACAGUUCUUCCAGUGUCGCUAACGUUAUAACAGUUGAAAACAGUCCAUCCAUUCGAACAUUAAAAAUGAACGCCGUUUUGGUGAUUUUAUUCGUCGGUGUUAUUUUUGCUGUGACCGAAGCCAAUAACAGAAAACGUUUCGAUGGACAUAAAGUCUACGGAGUGUUUGCAACAACUGAGGAGCAGUUGGAUAUUUUGAAGAAUAUCGAGGAACAAUCAAAGGAUGGCGUUCUUUUUUGGACAUCGGCGGUCGCCCUCAAUUCUCGCGUCGAUAUUAUGGUAUCGCCCGAAGAAGAGGCCGGAAUUGUCUCAGCGUUCAAAACUGCUGGGAUAUCUCACGAGACUUUCAUAGAAGACGUGCAAAUGCUGGUUGAUAAUGAACAAUCCACGAAAAGCUCCAACAUUGGGGGACGGUUGGACCGUGUCAACGGGAGUUCUUCCCUCAACUUCGCUGCUUAUCAACCGUUAGAUGUGAUCUAUGAGUGGUUGGAUGCAUUGGCCGAGACUUAUCCCGAUUGGGUGGAAAUAAUCAUUGCCGGAAAUUCUUACGAAGGUCGACCGAUAAAAGGGAUAAAAAUUACCUUCGGCGAAAGUAAUCCUGGAAUAUUCAUCGAAGGAGGAACCCACGCCAGGGAAUGGAUAACAACAGCCACCGCGAUUUACUUGGUUAACGACAUCUUAACAACGAAGAAUGAGGGAUUAAAAUCAGUUUACCGAACCCAUACCUGGUUCAUAUUUCCAAACACUAAUCCUGACGGCUACGAAUACACCCGCAGCACGAACCGGAUGUGGCGGAAGACCAGGAAGCCGUAUUCAGUUGGCUGUUUUGGUGCCGACCCCAACAGAAACUGGGAUAAUUAUUGGAUGGCUGUUGGAGCCAGUAGCAAUCCUUGUUCCGAAACGUACGCUGGCCCUACAUCAUUUUCGGAAGCCGAGACCAAGGCAUUGUCAGACUACAUCACAACGGUCAGCGAUCAAUUCUUCAUUUAUAUAAGUCUACACAGUUAUGGUCAACGAAUUCUUCUGCCAUACGGUUAUACCUAUGAUCACCUGGACAAUUACGAGGAAGCCAUGACGGUCAGUGAAAGAACAGCCAAGGCUCUGGCAAGGAGAUAUGGUACAAAUUACUUAUGGGGGUCGAUUACCGAAGUGAUGUACUUGGCAAGUGGUGGUAGCAUAGAUUGGGUAAAGGACGUACAUAAAACCCCCAUAUCCGUUUGUUUCGAACUCAGAGAUCAAGGAACUUACGGAUUUCUUCUUCCCGCCGACCAGAUCGUACCCACUGCACUUGAAUUUAUCGAUGGUUUCGUUGUCAUGAUUACGGAAACGAGGCGUCUUGGCUAUCCCAUAAUUCACACGAAAACGUCUAUGAAAACAAUUUAUCGUAUUCGUUUUCGGUAUUUUUUUAUGUCGGGUUCCAAGAUGAGGAUCACCUCAAUUUUCUACGUGCUGCUGAUCAUCGCCGAGUUUGCUUUGUCAGGUACCGAAGGAGCCCAUAAACGACGCUUCGAUGGAUAUAAAGUUUAUAGAGUUGUAGCGACAUCCGAAGAACAGCUCAAUGUUUUACGAGAUAUCGAAAACGGAGAAGGAGACGAGGUUUUGUUCUGGACUUCGGCUGGCGCUCUGAACUACCCCAUCGACGUAAUGGUGUCACCGGAAGAAGAGGGUGAAAUUUUCUCGGCUUUCCAAUCAGCGAACAUAUCGUACGAGACUUUGAUUAACGACGUCCAAACGUUGAUAGAUAGUGAGGACGUUAAGAAUUCCCCGGGUAGUUUGCUACGUGACAAUGAAGCCGGUUCGUCGUUAAACUGGACAUCUUAUCACCGACUAGAUACGAUCUACGAUUGGCUCGACGAGUUAGCGGAGACUUAUCCAAAUUGGGUGGAGGUGAUAGAGGCUGGGUAUUCGUACGAGGGUCGAUUAGUGAAGGGGAUCAAGAUUACGUUCGAUGAAGACAAUCCCGGGAUAUUCAUCGAAGGAGGGCAACACGCUCGCGAAUGGAUAUCAUCGGCUGUGGUCACCUACGUGAUUAAUGAAAUUUUAACCACAACAAACACCCUCUUCAACUUGCACGCUAGAGCUCACAAUUGGUUUAUAUUUCCAGUUACUAAUCCUGACGGUUUCGAGUAUUCGCAUACCACGAAUCGGAUGUGGCGGAAGACCAGAAAACCAUAUGCAAACGACUGUUAUGGCGCCGAUCCGAACAGGAACUUCGCCUAUUAUUGGCUAACCACCGGGGCAAGCAGCAAUCCAUGCAGCUCAACUUACGCUGGGCCCGAACCAUUUUCUGAACCGGAAGUUAAGGUUUUCGCCGAUUAUAUUUCAUCUGUAAGCGAUAAAUUCUACAUAUAUCUGAGCAUCCAUAGCUACGGUCAGUGGUUUUUAUCGCCAUUCGCUUAUUCGGUGGAACGACCAAAUAAUUACGAUGACUUAAUGUAUAUGGGAAAUAGAGCGGCUACGGCGUUCGCUAAAAAAUAUGGAACUGCAUUUGUCGUAGGAUCAGCGGCUGAAGUGUUAUACACCAACAGUGGCAACAGCAUAGAUUGGGUCAAAGGAACGUUUAAUACUCCGGUUGUUUAUUGCAUCGAAUUAAGAGACAAGGGAACUUAUGGUUUCUUGCUCCCCGCGGAACAAAUUAUCCCCUCAUCGCUGGAAUUCUUGGAUUCCCUCAUCGCUCUGAUAGCAGCUUCGAAAAAUCUCGGUUACCCGGUGAUCCAUACUUGAGAAUUCGAUCUUGCAGUUUAAAGAGAUUAUAUCAGUUGUAAGAACGAACUUGUAAAUCAACUUUAUACAGAAG